UGGCCUCGGUUCGCCUAAACCAGAAAUGAAGAUCACGAGGCAGAAACACACAAAGAAGCAUCUUGGCUUCUUUCGGAACAAUUUUGGUGUCUGGGAGCCGUACCAGAUUCUGCUGGACGGCACUUUCUGUCAGGCGGCGCUGCGGGGCUGCAUCCAGCUGCGGGAGCAGCUGCCCGGUUACCUGAUGGGGGAGACACAGCUUUGCACGACCAGAUGUGUGUUAAAGGAGUUGGAAACAUUGGGAAAGGACUUAUAUGGGGCAAAACUAAUUGCACAGAAAUGCCAAGUUCGAAACUGUCCCCAUUUCAAGAAUGCAGUGAGUGGAUCUGACUGUCUGCUUUCCAUGGUUGAAGAGGGAAACCCUCACCAUUAUUUUGUGGCAACACAGGACCAGAAUUUAUCUAUGAAGGUGAAGAAAAAGCCUGGAGUUCCUCUCAUGUUUAUUAUUCAGAACACUAUGGUCUUGGACAAACCAUCAUCCAAAACGAUUGCCUUUGUUAAAGCCAUAGAGUCAGGUCAGCUCGUCUCAGUGCAUGAGAAAGAAAGUAUAAAGCAACUCAAGGAGAAACAGGGUUUAAUGAAAAAUCCUGAGCAGAGAAAAAGAAAAAGACGCAAGAAAAUAAGUGGCCCUAAUCCUCUCAGCUGUUUGAAGAAAAACAAAAAAGCACAAGACACAAAAUCUCCUACUUCUGAAAAGAAGAGCAAAAGAAAAAGAGUAAGGAUACGGAACAGAUCCUCCUCUGCAGUACCUUCUGAGAAACAGAACCCCAAAGGAUAGGGAGUGCUUUGGAUACUUCCAACAGCAUUCAGGCGUGAGAAGUGGAUUUGUGAUUAAGACUGUAGCAUAUUUGUGACAGAAGUUUAUGACUAAACUUAUUUUUGUAAAUGAAUA